GUAAAUGCCAAACCCAUACAGUUAAACGAGCGCAGUUGAAAGUAAUUUGAAGGGUUGGGUCAACCGGCGAAGAAAGAUGGAGGCAGUAACGGCGGCGGCAAACCCAGUUAUCAAAGUCGCAUCUUUAUGUGGGUCUCUUCGUAAAGGCUCCUACAACCGUGGCCUCCUUCGUACCGCAAUUGAGUUAAGCAAGGAAUCAAUUCAUGGUAUUCAAAUCGAGUAUAUUGACAUUUCACCAUUGCCUAUGCUCAACACCGAUCUUGAAGGUCCCGACGGUUCUUUCCCGCCGGUCGUUGUAGCUUUCCGGAAAAAGAUUCGGCAAGCUGAUAGUGUCCUUUUCGCCUCCCCUGAGUAUAAUUUCUCAGUCACUGCACCUUUGAAAAAUGCAAUUGACUGGGCAUCUAGACCACCAAACUGUUGGGCUGAUAAAGCUGCUGCCAUUGUAAGUGCUGGUGGAAGUUUUGGCGGUGGGCGAUCACAGUACCAUCUUCGCCAGAUUGGAGUUUAUCUCGACCUUCAUUUUAUCAACAAACCUGAGUUUUUCUUGAAUGCAUUUGCACCUCCAGCGAAAUUUGAUGCUGAUGGCAACUUGAUUGAUCCAGAAGCAAAGGAGAGAAUAAAGGAUCUUCUUUUAAGCUUGCAAGCAUUUACUUUGCGACUCAAAGGAAAGUGCUAAUUGUAUAUUCAUUGGUUUAUUGUUUGAUCCAUUUGAAAUUGAUAAUCACUUUGAAAAGUGUUAAUGAAUGGUAGCUUCUCAGAACUGUGUAAUAAGAAAAACCAUUAAUUUAAUUUUCAAAUGGUUAUCUAUUUUCA